AAGAGACGGCCCCCGGAACUUCAUCCUUCCCUCCCCUCAGUGUGGACUGUGGCCUGCAAAGGAGGGCGCGGGCAUCGACGGCAGCUCCUACCCCAUCGUCUCUCUUAAGCAGCGCGACCACGAGACACAAAUUGGGGAAGGAUCGCCUGGGUUGAUCCGGGCGGGGAGCGUACGGGGAAGUUGAGUUGGAGCAGGACGAUCAAAGAUGAGGAAAGGGGGUCAGUGUGGGGCAAGACGCUGGAGGGUCGGGCAACCUCACCCGUGAGCCGGUCCUUGGCAAAGCGGCGGCCGCUGUCCAUCCAAGGGAAGCAAGGAAAGCAGGCAAGAAGCCACUGCAAUCAAUCAUCCAGAGGACAGAUGAUGGUAUCUUGGACCAGGGAGGGGGGCCAGAUUGCGAUCGCGAUGAGGCUUCGGAACCAGCUCCAGUCAGUGUACAAGAUGGACCCGCUACGGAACGAGGAGGAGGUCCGAGUAAAGAUCAAAGACCUGAAUGAACACAUCGUCUGCUGUCUGUGCGCCGGCUACUUCGUGGAUGCCACCACCAUCACAGAGUGUCUUCAUACUUUCUGCAAGAGUUGUAUUGUGAAGUAUCUCCAAACCAGUAAGUACUGCCCCAUGUGCAACAUCAAGAUCCACGAGACACAGCCACUGCUCAACCUCAAACUGGACCGGGUCAUGCAGGACAUCGUGUACAAGCUAGUGCCUGGCUUACAAGACAGUGAAGAGAAACGGAUUCGAGAAUUCUACCAGUCCCGAGGUUUGGACCGGGUCACCCAGCCCAGUGGGGAAGAGCCAGCCCUGAGCAACCUCGGCCUCCCUUUCAGCAGCUUCGACCACUCUAAAGCCCACUACUAUCGAUAUGAUGAGCAGCUGAGUCUAUGCCUGGAGCGCCUGAGUUCUGGGAAGGACAAGAAUAAAAGCAUCCUGCAGAACAAAUAUGUUCGAUGUUCUGUUAGAGCUGAAGUUCGUCAUCUCCGAAGGGUCCUAUGUCACCGCUUAAUGCUAAAUCCCCAGCAUGUACAGCUCCUUUUUGACAAUGAAGUUCUCCCAGAUCACAUGACCAUGAAGCAGAUAUGGCUCUCCCGCUGGUUCGGCAAGCCAUCCCCUUUGCUUUUACAAUACAGUGUGAAAGAGAAGAGGAGGUAGGGGCCAAGCCCCCACCACAUCCCUGUCCCUUUCCCUCCCCAGAUAUUUAUGUGAAAUUAACUGCGGCUUUAUUUUUUGAAAUAAAAACUUUAAAAAAGCA